AUGACAGAACCCCCUGAAGAACCCCAGACCCAGUUAACUCAUGCCCCCGCAACGUCGGGCACCACUCUGCUCCCGCGACCAUUAGCAUCACUGGUAUCCCUGCUGACCCAAUCCACCUCACUAUCACUACGGAUUGGAUCCUUCUUUGGUGGAGUCGCCCUGGAUGGCGCGAGAGCAACAACCUUGACCAGCUUAGAAUUGAGUCGUGCCGUAAUUGAAAGCAUCUUGACGCGUGCUGGACGUGAUGUCGCGCUUCGUAGCAGCGACGAUCAUGGACGGGUAGAGGCAGAAUCAUUGUUAGAAAGAAGUUUGGCGACCCUGCAUACCACUGUGACCUCGGCAUCCUUCUUCGCAGCCGCAACUUUCCAUUUCUCGUCAACAACACUAGCCUCGGUUAUCAAUUUCUCACAGGCCCUGCUAUCAACUCUAGAUGCGAUUCUAGGAUCCACCGAGUCGUCAAGGGCCAUUGCUGCGAUCAUUACCCUGAUCCGACGUGAGUUCAGGUCGGUGGAUGUCGGCGCCAGUAGCGAGAAGAUCGGCGUGGGGGACCUUUUAAUGGGCACUGUGAGCUUUGCAUUGCUUCAACGUUGGGGUAAAAGAAAUACAGAAAGACGCUUGCGAGAGAAUGGUGGCGAUGAGAUCAUCUGGGAUACUGUCAUUCUCGAUAACGGAGCCAGGGCAGAUGUGGUUGGAACACAACUACAAAUUGCUAAUGGAGACCUGGAAGAGGUACCAAAUGAGGCUGACGGUGCUUCAUUUGUGAUGCCGGGCAGUAAUGAUCAAGCCCUUAACGCCGUUCAACGUCGGUCCAGCAUAGGAGAUCCUUCGACGGCAUCUCGGCUGUCCUUCUCACUGGAUGGUCAGCAGCAGAUCUCAGAUGAAGAUGUCCAAUCGUACAUCAUGAGUCAAUUGCCUCAGGAAUGCCAUGCCUCAAUCAAAUCUGAGAUUUUGACAGCGCGAACAAUCACUGUGGACAUAUUCGAUGAUGAUAUAGCUGAAAUCACUGCUCCCCCUGGAACUACCAUGGUUGAAGAACGUUUCCAUCACCAAGACUACGCCAAUUCCAGGGUUCCAGAGCAUCAACGACUUCCGAAGCAUACUGUGGUUUUUCGAACUGCCUUCAAUAAAUCCCAGAGUACACAGCUGCGACCCCAUGAUUCAUCGCCCCCUCGCGAGCCCUUUGGGCCUGGUAAUCACUCUCACCAGCGGGGAAGCUCUACGUUGAAUAGCAGACAUCCGAGAAACACUCUCAAAAGAGCACAGUCGGAAGAUUCUUCUAGUGAUGCCACAAUCAAGGAUGAUGCACCGGCUCCUGGCUAUACUGGUGAUCAAAAGAAGGCUACUGGCAGUAAAGGCUCAAUUGCAAAAUUAGCCCAGCGUGUCAAGCAGACGGGGCAAGAGAAGCCCGAUGAUACCAAGCGCCAAAAUCUGAAAAAGCCUACCGCCAAAGGACUUACAUCAUCAGGGUCAUCAGGAGAUCGUCCACCUGUCAAGCCUGCACGAGGCACAUCGUCUGUAAAAGAAGCAACAGCUCGAGAGAACACUAAUCGACUGGUCUUGAGAAGACCGAGCCAACAACCUGAGAAUCGACCCCCCCACUCCUGCUCCAAACCGUGGACUACGAAGAUCCCCUCUGCCCAAUUCUCCACAGACCUAUUCUCCACAUUCUCAAGUCAUUAUGUAGCUCAUGAAAGGAGUCAAGAAUCUUUGCUCACACACACUGACGCUUACUCACGUCGAUCUUCAGACUUUCGCACAGGAUCUCCUUCCACCUCGCGAACCUUCGUUCGAAGUAGCAGCUCUUUGUCAGUGACAAGAUCUGAAACUGAGGGGCCUGUAUCAGCUAGUGACACUCGCCCGAGCUCGUCACACUUCCACAGAAGGUCACAGUCUUACACGCCCAGUAUGUAUUCAGUUGCAACUGCGGGCUCUGAGACAUCCCUGCUAUUAGCCCACCGUCCGCGCAAGAGUGCCUAUGAAGACAUGGAUACUAUUCAAGCGCUCAACCGUGAUGGGAUGAUACCAGGAAUCUUCCCCGAGAGACAUUUUGUUCGCAAUAUUCGCCGAUUCUGUCGAUUCUCCUCUGCCUCGUACGGUUCUAGUGCAUUAAAGGUCAUGGGCGUGCGCAAGGACCCACAGGACAUACCUCAUACCCCUGCAGAUAGCCACGAACACAGUGCAUUCGAGCAAAAUGCCGGUCUUCCUCCGUCAACCAUACUGUUAUCUUCAUUUGUGGACCCAGCUGGCGGGUCCAACGCAGCCGGUGAAACAGAGAGUGGAUUCCCACUUGUACACUACCUUUCCAUCGAUCAUGAAUCUAAGGCCGUAGUGCUCACACUGCGUGGCACCUGGGGAUUUGAGGAUAUUCUCACUGACAUGACAUGUGACUACGAUGAUCUCGAAUGGCAGGGCAAGAACUGGAAAGUACAUAAGGGCAUGCACGCCUCUGCAAAGAGACUCCUCGAAGGCGGCGGUGGCCGAGUCAUGAUCACCCUACGCGCUGCCCUGGAAGAAUUCCACGACUACGGCGUCGUUCUAUGCGGUCAUUCCCUUGGUGGUGGCGUCGCCGCUCUCCUCGCAACCAUGAUCGCAGAGCCCAGCACCUCUAUUACUGGCACAUCCUUCGUCACAGCACCUUACCAACCCUCUCCACAGCCUCAUCUCCUAACAGACAUCACCGCUCCCUCACAAUCUGCACCUCCAUCUCCGCCACAUUACGAUCUUCCAAGCGGCCGGCCAAUCCAUGUCUAUGCCUAUGGACCGCCAGCAGUGAUGUCCCCGUUCCUCCGUCUGGCCACUCGCGCCCUAAUAACCACAGUGGUAAACGGUCAAGACAUCGUUCCUAGUCUGUCCCUCGGCAUCUUACACGAUAUGCACACAGCCUCAUCUCUCUUCAAGCGUGACGUCUCCGGCGCAAAGUCCCAUAUUCGCCAACGUCUCCACGAGAGUCUCCGCCAAAGCAUCGUCCACAAAUUCUACGUAAACCAGCCCCCACUCGUCGUAAAUGCCGGUGACGGCGUUGGCGAAGAUGCUUGGGCCUGGAAAACACUCGCUUUACUCCGCGAUGAGAUGCGUGCGCCGAAACUCGUGCCGCCUGGUGAAGUCUUUGUCGUGGAGACGAUGCGCGUCUUACAGCGGGAGGCGUUUACCGCGCAGCCGGAGUUUAGUGCGGAUGGGUAUCCUAGGCUUGGGAGACCGGCUACUAGAGUGCAGAUGAAGUUCAUCAGGGAUGUGGAUGCUUGGUUUGGGGAGUUGAGGUUUGCAUCGGGGAUGUUGAGCGAUCAUAAUCCUGUGAGGUAUGAGACUAGCUUGGCUGCUUUGGUGAGGGGGGGUUUUGGAUGA